GGCAGUCCUGACAGCAAGCUGGCCCUGAUAGAUAUAAUCUAUCAUCUGUGAGGAAGGGUGGGAGUUAUCUAUCUUCUCUGUUUUAUAGACUACUUCAGCUUCUGCUGUUGCCAAUGCCUCAGCAACCACUGAAAGUUCAGAUAUCACCCUUCCUGUAACUAAUCAAAUCAAGGAAGAGAUCUACAAAACAGUGGUGGUGGUUCCAGCUAGAAAUUUUCACUCACAAUGGUGCAUGUUUCAAAUAGAAGUAUCCAGGGUAUGAACAUACUUUUCUCCUCCUGGGCCAUAGUCUUAACAAUGAUGGGAAUCACCUUAGAUAAAUGGGUUGAAUUGAUUUCAGAAGAUGAAAGAGCCAAGAUGAACCACAGUCCGUGGAUGAUGUGUUGCCCUGCUUUUUGGCCAGAAGAUGACCUGAAAGUGGUCAGGAUUAUGAUGAUGUCGAGCCUUGGCCUUUCCUUCCUCCUUAACUUAAUCCUGGGUAUGAAAUUCACCUAUCUGAUUCCUCAAAAUAAAUAUAUACAACUCUUCACUACCAUCCUCGGUUUCUUCUCAGGUAUCUUUCUGCUCUGGGCACUCAUACUAUAUCACAAUAAGCUGAAGCAAGGUCCAUCCAUGCACUUCUCUAGUUAUAGGAUCACCUGGAUCAUGUAUACUGCUUACUUAAAUGUUUUCUUCUUGUCUGUCUGUGUUCCUCCAAGAAGAGUGGGAGAUCAGGCCUAUGUGAGAUGUCUGCUGCGCCUGGCCUCAGAGGGUAGCUCCCCAUCUCCGCCUUUUAUUUGCCUUUCACACCCUCCCCGCUUUAGGGCAGAGAUAACCACCAAAGUCAUGACCAAGGAAUCCUCUCUCUCCUAGAGUGCAAGUUGUCUACCAGUAGCUGUACCUGCCUGAACAUCCAUAAAUCUGACAACGAAUGUAAGGAAUCUGAGAAUUCUAUCGAAGAUAUUUCAUCACCAGAACGCACUGCAAUGCCUCGUAGCAUUGUCCGUGCACACACUGUGAAUUCCCUAAACAAAAAAGUCCAAACACGUCGCGUAACCUGGGCUCUGUGAUUUGGCAAUCUAUUUCUUGCAGUAUGGAAAAAGCUUUGUGGGUGUGUGCUGUGUCUCCAACCGUGUUGUCUCUAUUUGGAAUUAUGGUUGGGGUUUGUAAAAAGAUCUGGAAGAUGGUUUUUUAAAAAAUCCUGGCCUGCUGAACGAAUAGUUUCUUCUGCAACAUUUGUUGUUAAUAUAAUAAAUAUUAUCAUAUAAAUAAUA